GUGCAGUGCGCGGAUGAAACAUGGCGGCCUCCAUGAGUGUGCAGAUUUUGUGUCCAAACGGAAGACGUCAAACCGUGAAAAUAUCGUCCAACACCAAACUUCUGCAGGUACUGGAGGAAGUAUGUCAGAAACAAGGUUUCUCCGCCCAAGAGUACGAUCUUAAGCAUCAGAGGACUAUCCUUGAUUUGUCCGUACCAGUGCGCUAUGCCAACUUAACCAACAAUGCCAAGCUGGAGAUGGUCAAGUCCACUAAGGCACGGGCAGAGGUAGAUGUGACUAUCGGUCUUCAGUUGGAGUCAGGAGAGAGAUUGAAGCACUCCUUCCCCCCAGCCACCAAACUGUGGGACAUACUAAGGCACUUUGAAGCCCAGCCUGGCAGCCCCCAUGCUGGUAAGCUGACAUCAGCCAGUGCCACAAAUGUCCAUCCUGUCUGUGUCUACAUGCGAGAAGAGAUAAUUGGUGAAAGUGCCCUGCAGUCAACAAGCCUGCGGACUCUGGGGCUAACUAGUGGCAGUGCCAUCCUGAGGUUGGUCCAUAGGAAGGUGGAGGACCCGUCCCUGCUCCACACCAGCAGUGCUCCUGUGGCCAAACCCAUGAGAGUCACGGGCAGCAAAUCAGAACCUACCAGGCAGUCUGAACCUAGUACAUCUACACACAACCCUCCCAGGACCUCUAAAUCCAGUGGUUCCCAGGCUAUGGAGGUAGAAGAGACCAGGCCUGCCCAGAGUGUAGAGUCCAUGGACACCAGCCAGGCUCCUACUGAGCAGGAGAUAGCAGCCAUGAGUCAGGAGGAGAUCCUACAGAGACUCAGUCCUCAGGAGAGGCAGGUUGUGGCCACAAUGAGCAGCAUGAUUCAGCAGGCAUAUGUACAACAGCAGGCACCUACACAGGCACCUGCUGCACAACAACAGGCAGCCCAGGGGCCUUCCAAGCCCAAGAAGUCCAGGUCUGCCCCUCGUCAGCAACAACCACCAACUCAACAACCUUCCUUUGCUAACUUCAAGUUUCCAGAGGCAUCGAGAGGCCAGGAUGUGUAUGUGAAUGAGCUGAGUGAAGUGGACAGGAGGAAUGUUGAACCUUGUGAGAGGGAACCUGUAGUAUUCAGUCUGGAUAUGCUGGAAGGAGCACAACAGUCAGAGGACCCCACAGAUGACUUCUUUGAAGUGACAGUAAAUGAUGUGAGGCUUAUGAUGGCAGACCUGACCAAAGCAAGACGGGAGAUGGAGGAGGAGAGUAUGAUGACUGGAGCGAUGCGGGCCCAGCGGGAGGUGGAGAUGAUCCAGAAGUACCCCAAGACUGUCCUCAGGGUCCAGUUUCCUGACAGGACUGUCCUGCAGGGCCUCUUCAGGCCCAUGGAAACAGUGUCUGCUCUGACUGAGUUUGUGAGGUCCAACCUAGCUGAUCCUGGAACCCCUUUCUAUCUAUACACUACCCCACCUAGAUGUGUCCUGGAUAAACCAUCAAUGACUUUAUACCAGGCCAAGCUUUUUCCAGCAGCAGUGGUCCACUUUGGUUCAGAGGUCCAUAGGGAAAGUUACCUGAAACCAGAGGUGCUCAGUACAGCAUCAGCCCCACUGGAUGCUGACAGAGUUGCUGCAAGGGAGACAGUACAGCCCUCCUCAGAUGGAGCGCGGGGAGUGUCAGAACCAGCCGCCCCUCCCAGACCCAGACAACAGGUGUUCCCUGCACCUGAGGGCGGGGCACGGGCGGGGCAGGCCAGGGGACAGCAGGAUGGGAAAAAGGUUCCCAAAUGGUUCAAAAUGGGGAAAUAGAAGAAACGAAGAGCAUCCAACAGCAUUUUUCAUCUGCAAUUUAUUCAAUUGUUGUAUUUACAAAAAACAAUCUUACUAUAUCAUACUAUAUAGUUCAAAAAGUUUACACAAUGAAAAUUUCUUGUAUGUAAUAUGGCUGGUUAUCUUCAUUUGUACAUUUCAUUUUGUUCAUUCUCAGAAGUUGGUGUUAAGUUAAACCUACCUAGUGGGAAAACUUCAA